AUGCUUUCAUCAUCGAUCUUUGCUCCCUCAUCCUCGAAUACUGGAACAGAGAAUGAACUUCAACUAAGAGGUUCAGUUGCCCAUCUCAAUGCUCGGAAGAUCGGACCUCAAAAUUCAAGAAAUCAAAACAACAUCCAUCAUUCCAACAACACGGAAACUCAACAUAGGCUGGAAUCCUUUCAAUUCGGAAAAUCCAGUAGUGCAAACUCCAACAACUCAAACGCAACAUUUCAAAAUGAAGCUCCUCCUCCAAUGAAAACUGCAAUUAAGCAGCAACGACGAGGUUCUAUCUCAUCUCAAUCACCUCUAACAGUUUUUGACAUUCCGUCUAUUCAAAUUGACACGGCGAAAACUCCUCGAAUUGAAGAGACCGUUCUAGUUUUUGAAGAUGCCAGCAAGAAUGGACCUCCGUCAAAAUCCACAUCCAAUCAGACUACCACUACUUCCAUGAGUCUUCCAACAACAGCUCCCACCCUUCCCGGUUCAGACAAUAAUUCAACACGUCAAGAAGUCGAUCUUAACAAUAGACGAAAAUCCUUAUCGUCCUCAAAGAGUCCCCUCUCAGAACCACCCGUUCAAAAAAAUUCAUCACACUCAAGCUCAUCAUCAAACUUGCUCUCUGCUCCAUCAUCAACAAAAAGAAGAGAGUCUGUGUUCAGCGAACAGAAAGAAAGAAUCCAAGCUGCUCAAAAAUAUGAAUAUGUAAUUCCCUCUCUCCUGCCACAUAAUCCACAAACAAUCAAUGAUUUGUACAUUCGGACAUUGCAUGAGAAAAAUUAUCGGAGCAGCACUGCUGGGUCAAAUGAAUCUAAAUCACACAAUCAAAGGGGAAAAUCUAGACCUCAUACCGCAACAGGAACGUUUUCUCGAAGAGGAGGGAUAAAAGAUGAAGAUGAUGAUGACAAUGUAUUGAAUUCAUCUCGAAUUCAUAUCACAUCGGCAGAUUUAAUUGUAGAUACUGGAAUGCCAUCAAAAUCUAAUUCGAAAAAGCGAGAGAAUGUACCCGAUAGCACAACUUUAUUGGGAAUUCCAGGAAUAAUUGCUCCUCCAAAAGGAGAUGCAGGAAUUCCAUAUAACUCGUACAAGAACGCUCCAAAAUCAAAUGCUGAACAUUUAAUUCUAAGGCAUUCGAGCGAACUAUUGGUAGCGGACACGCUAUCUGGCCAAAUAACAAGCGAUUAUUAUGACAAAUUAGAACAAGAUCUUUGGAAAUUCGAACACAUUUCACGAGGAAAGAAUCGAAAUGUAAUGAUUACUCAUGGUAAUACAGUCAAAUUGUUUAAUAGAGGAGAACCAGUUGAAGAAUUCUAUAACAAAUAUUUGCUUUAUCAGAAGGACCUUAUUGAAAAACAUGAAGAUUUUGAGUCCAUGCAACAAACAAUGAAGCGAAUACGUCUUAGAAUGAAGCCUUCGGGAUUUUCUCCGGUAAAAGCAAAAAGUCAACAAGAAACCAAAUCAGAGAAAAAAGUUCUGUUUAUUAAGCGCCAAUCGGAUGAAAAUGUCAAUAAGGAGCCUUUACUUUGUAAUAAUUUAUGGGAGAGAAAGAAAAAAAAGAGACUGAAACCAAUCUCACAAUUUGUUCAAGAACAAGUUGGACAUCAUCAAAAUACUCUCGCAAACGAUCAACAAAACAUUGCUGGUGGAACAUUUUUAACCGAGGUCAAUACUGCAAAUCAUAGUAAUAGCCCAGUAUUACCAAAUAAUAAUACUGUUGCCAACUCUAAUAGUGGCAUGACAAACAUCAAUCCUUCAACACCUUCAUAUUCACGAACUAACUCUUCACAAUGCCUUCAUUUAAAUAAUAAUUCACCUGCAGGAAAGGUCUCUUCAUUUAGAGGAAGUUUUUUCUCAACUCAACCAGCCUCUCAUCAAAACGUACCACUCAGUGCAAGAAGUGCCACAUCGAGCAUUGGAACAACUGGAACUGGUACAGGCUAUGACUUAUUUAUUACUGAUGAACAAGCCGAUUAUGCAGAACGUAAUAAGAAAACCAAGGUUGGUCUCAUUGAAACCAUUAAACGGGCGAGUGGUUGCCAAGACAAAACUAAAGGAACCUAUAUAACGGGCGUGAAUCACUCUGCUCAAAGUGGAAUUGGAGGUAUUGUUGCGAGAUUUCCAGCUGAGGAAUUAGAAGUAAGUGAUGAAAGACUAAAACGAAUCAAAGCAAAAGAAAUGCCUCUUGACCACACUGGCUCAUAUCAUACCAUUAUUGACGUUGAAGAGGAAGCGUUUGAUUAUGCUCCAGAGGACCUAGAAAAGGUGUUUCCACCCAUCAAAAUUUCAACUUUUUCAACAACAAAUACAACGACACCAAAUCCAGGCCUUGCUAGUGGCAAUUCAUCAUCCAACUCCAGUACUUCUUCACUUCAUGCUCUUGUAAAUCAUUCUACAAGUCCAAAUGUCACAAGUACAAGUGUACACUCUUCAAGUUUCAAAGAUAAUUCAUACACAGCAGGUUCAUAUUCAAAUCCAUAUGGGUCCAAUAUUGAUAUUAUUAUUGAAAAUAUUAGAGCAAAAAUUCAGUACAAAAAUAUUUCUAAUAUUAAUGUAGACGAGCUUAAUACAGAAGCAUUACGAAACCAAAUUGUAGAUGAACAGCACGAACAAAUGUUGGACGAGAAACUCCAACAAUAUGACACAGAUUUUAAAGCAAUUAUUGGAGAUGUUCUUAAAAUCACUCAGCAAGUGACACCCAAUUUUGAGACAACCACCUCAGACAAUUCUACCUACUCUUCUUCAUAUUCUAUUAAGAAACAAGCAGUAGAAAUUAAUGGAGAAACUUUCUACAAGACAAAAGAUUUGAGCCCACGUAAAAGUGAGUCUUCAUCAAACCUAAAUGUAAAGAAAAAGAAGGAAUUGAAAAAACCAAAAAUUCGAAAUGUUCCAAGUGGAACCUGGAGAAAUUCUUUUAUUUCAUGUCAGACUAAACAACAAUAUGAACUUUUAGUGAAACUUGAUGAUCGUUCAGAGAAUAGGAAUGUGGUAGCCGAAUCCAAUGAGCAUUUAUCUCGAGUUAGUAGGAAGGUUAUGCACAACGCUGAGAGAAUGGCUCUCUAUGGCGUGACUGAAAAUAAGAAUAAGGUUCACUCCAAUGACUCUUUGUGGGAUAAGGCAAAAAAGAAACUUGAUAUUCAAACCACCAAAUUCUAUCAGUCAGUACUUUUUUUACAAGAGAUUGCUCGUCUUUUUAGAAGUUAUUCAAGCCCCCUCACAGUCAAAUCGCUUGUUAUUAAUCUUUUUGAAUCGAAUCCGCAACAAGCUCAUCAAAAAUCCUACAUGCAAACAAAAUAA